AAGCUUGAGAGAGAGAGAGAGAGAGAGAAGUGGGAUGUGAGGAUAAGAUAAAUCUGCGUUGCUUCUGGGCAGAGACAGUUGCAGCGACAGAGAAGCAGCAGCACUGGAUGGAGACACACCGCCGCAAAUAAAAGCCAUGUUCAGUUGAAUAUCACUGAUAACUAAGCCGAGAAAAGAAUAACACAUCAACUGGACCAGACAAGGAAGAAGCUAUGCGUCCACGCUCCAGACGGCUGUCCAAGAGACGACUCGUGCUGCCGACAAUCAGAGAGGGCGCCGAGGAGUCGCUGAGGGAUCUGAAUGAGGCCAACGGGCUCCACGUCUCCUCGGAGGACUACCUCCUCUCCAUCUGCCACCUGGCCAGCCCCACCUUCCCCGCCAGGCACACCUCCCCCGACGGCAUCCACCCUCUGCAGCUGGAGGCGUUAAACCAGCGGCUGUCAAGGCUCGGUGAUUCCACAUCAGAGGCCAGCGACAGGCGGCAGGCCGAGGAGAUCAACCCGAAUGGCGAGCGGGAGUUUGGCAACUGUGACCCUCUGGAGUACCUCUACGGCCACCGGAGGGCCCCGCCGGGAGGCGUGAGGGGGGCGUUUGUCCCCCAUGCCUCCACUCCAGACCUCCCACGCCAGCGCAAGAGCAGCUGCCCUGAGUUACACAGCAGCAGGAACACAUGUGAUCCGAGCCCCUCGCCGAGGCACAGCUUCCCCCGGUUGGAGGCCGGGAGAGAGAGGCCGCAGGAGGGGGAGAGACACAGUCCGGCCAUCAAACCGUCCCUCAUCGCCCGGUGGCUCUCUCACUGCAGGUCGGCGUGGAGGGAGGCGCGUGUCAGAGCUCGCAUGCCGCCCGCCAUCGCUAAGAUGUAGGGCACAAAUAUACUUAAGACAUUCCUCUGUGAAGUUUCCAAUCUUUUUCGGUGCAUGAGAGCUUGACAUUGGGGGGUAUUAUGUGGAUGUAUUAAGGGAAAUGAUUAAAUACACAUUUGAAAUUGAACAGAUGCAAAUGCAUUGCCGCUGUAAUGUUGUAUGAGUGUAUUGUAUUAGUAUUACAACACUUGAUAUAUAAGCAAACUGACAAAUCCACAAAAAAAAGUAUUUUUUUACCUUCCUGUGUCUUAUGAACAUGUGAAUAAAUAAAACGUUGUUUUUGUA